AUAGGUGUAUGGUAGGAACAAAGGAGCAAACCACACCAGAGCACCCACCAACCACCCAUUCCAAGAAAAAAGAGCAAUGUCUGUACUGGAGAGUCACGCCGGAGUUCUCAUAUUUCAAAAGCUGUCCACUCUCCCCGUGCAGGGGGAGAGGGAGGGGGAGGAGGUACGUGGCUGUGGCGGAGGGUGUCGGCCGGACGGUGGACACUGUCCGCUUGUCCACUCCUCUCUCAGACACCGCGUCAGAGACGCCUCUAACCCGAUUCGCGUGAACCGGACGCCUCUAGAAAAACGGACUCGUCCCGGGAACCGGAUAUCUACCACGGUCAGGACUCGUCCCGGUAACCGGAUAUCUGCCACGGCGAUGACUCCAUCGGUAAACCGGAUAUCUACCACGGUGAGGACUCCUCCGGUAAACCGGACUUGCACCUUGUUAGACCCGCCUCGCAUGACGGGUGCGGCGGGCGGCGGGAAGUUGGGCCCCACAAGAACCGCAUUUGACUUUCUGUACGAGCAGCUGUACUCGGACACGGCGUCUGACCGGCGGCACCACAGUGAUGUCGGGCCGGGCGGGCCGAGUCGGGGGUGCAGCUCUCACCUGCUGGCUCGCUCGCCUACUGACACCUCCUCAACUAACGGUUGUGGACAGCUCCGCCGAGAUCGUGAGUUCCAGGAACGACAUUUGCCUUUGUGCGGGCCGUGUUGUUGUGCCUGCCCGUGCCGUGCUGGCGUCGCCGCCUGUGGGGCUGGUGGGGUGGGCGGGAUGUACAGCGCUGCUACUGCUACACGCGGCAGCGUUCAGAGGCAGAGAGUCGCUGUAGAGGAGUUUUCCCCUACGUCACGACGGGGGCAUGAUGCUGACGGCCAGGCUGAGCUGGGCUUACCGCUGGGAUUCUUUAAGAUAUUUCUAGCCAAAGAAACCCACCAGAUCGCAGAGGCCAACCAAGAAAAGAACGCCAAGCUGAAGGAAGCGUUUGGCCUGACAGACUACGUGGAGGGGAGUGCGUUUGACCCAGACAGGAAGGCCAAGGAGGAGGCGGCUAAGGCAGCUGCCCUGGCACAAAAGAAGUACAGCAUGGUGCAAAGUUCUGAUGAGGACGAGGCUAAAGCAGAGUCUUCACCGCCACAGAAGAAAAAGAAGAAAAAGUCCAGACACGACAGCUCCUCUCCAGAACGCAGCAAAGAGAAAAGGAAAAAAAGCCGAAAACACAGUAAAAGAGAUCGGCUGGCCAACAGCCAAGUUUUGAGUUCUCACUCUAAAAAGCAGAGAAAGAGGAAGCACAGGUCCAAGAAGAGGUCGGAAGAGAAGAGGCGGUCCAAGAGACAGCACAACAGCAGCAGCUCCGACUCGGACAGCCAGGAUGACAGCGACGAUUCCGAUGUACCGGCCCGGAGCUCAUCGGAUAAAGAAGGAGAAAUCUCCAGGACUAACGGCCACUUCAACAGUUCACAACCCACAGACAAGAAAGAGUCUCUGUCUCCAACCACAACCAGCGCGUGGAUCAGAAGCCAGUCCAACAAAAGUGUGAUCUCCUCAGACAGCGUAGCCGUGUCGGCUGUAUCUGACAGUGUCUGGCCUUCCCAGGAAACCACAGCACCCUCCUCGGCUGUGGUCAGUUCGGCGGUAAAUGGCGGGGCCCGUCGCUCUCACUCCCGCUCCUUGUCCAGGUCCCGCUCCCGGACUGGCUCUCACAGAAGUCGCUCGUACAAAAGGUCAUCACACAGGUCCCGGUCAGACUCGUCUCGCUCAAGAAGUCGCAGCCACAGCCGCAGCCGGUCCCGCACCCACUCGCCCAGCCGGUCGCCUCGACGCAGCAGACGCAGUCGCAGCCACAGCCGCAGUCACUCCCGCAGCCGCAGCCUCAGCUCGGCGUCGGACAGAAGAGGGGGCGGGGGCAGUGGCCAUCGAGACUCGAGGUCACCGUCCAUCAGAAGACGCCACGGAUCUCCCAGUCACCUGGACAAGCGACGCAUCACAAGUGCACGCAAGAGGCCAGUACCCUACUACCGGCCUUCCCCUUCCCCGUCUGACAGCGACUCUUCCUACGCCUCGCGGUCACGCACGCGGUCACCAGCUUCACGGUCGCGGUUUCGAAGCCUCUCCCGUUCCCCUAGCCUGGAUGUCCACCACAGACGCCGGAAACAGCAACAGCAACAACAACUACCACCACAACAACAGCAACAACAACAACAACAACAGUACCGUCAUCACCAUCCCGACCAGCCCCUGCAUGGCACCAGCAACCCCAUCAGUUUGGGCUACAUGGCCCCCGUCCCUACGUCUCAGCUCCCCCCUCCGUCUCUCAUACCCACGUCCUAACACAGAGCUGCUCCGCGUGUUCAAGUAGAUGUUUGAUGCCUCAGCUACUGGCCAUUCGUUGUGCUGUGCUGUUUCAGGGUCGUGCUUAAGCAGCCCCAUUGUUGCGUGACACUUAAAUCAUCUGUGAAAGAUAUCCUGGUAGUGGAGAAAUGUUUCCGUUGUCAGUGCAGAAUGUGGUGUAUUCACACACCCCCCCCCCACGUUGUGUUUUCAGAAGAAACUCGUAAGCAUUCAUAAAUGUCCAGGUUGUAGAGCGCAUGGAGGAAGGGGAUCCUUUUAAAAUCAGAACAUCACAUAAUAUCUUUGCUCAAGAGAUUAUCCCCUACUUGGUGUGAUUUCACACGAGUUCCUGAUAUGAUACGAUUUAUGAUAUUGAUAUGUUAUAAAUGUAGGAAAUAUUAGCGUAUCUUUUUUCCAAAUGAGGCGUCACAUAGCCCACACUGCUGUAGGCUUUUAGUAGUGUACCUGUAAUGGGGGUCAGAUACUUAAAUAAUUACAAUUUGCAUUUUGCGGAUGCAUUGAUUUAUGUGUUUGUUGAGCUAAGACUCGAUGCGUGUCUGUAUUGGAGAGAUGGAUGAUAUAUACCUGUUUAUCAUGUAAAUACAUAUUUUAUUCCCACACUUUGUACAUUUCAGAUUCUUUAACUGAACAUGACGAAAUUUUUCGUAAGUUAUUUACUUAUUUAAUGUGUGUCUUUAAUUAAAGCAUUAACUCGUGCAUCUUCACAUUUUCUUUGUGAUACGAACAACACCAUUGUACAAGGGUAUUUAUUGUAAAACUGUGUGAGUGUUGGAGAAUGCUAGUCUAUCUCUAUGAGUGUCUGGUGCAGCAGUGACAGUUCUGAGCUGGGUGUGGGUGCAUACUGUCACCACAGGCAGAUUGAUACACACACACACAGGCGCGUGCACACACACACUCACACGCGCACACACACACACACACACACACACACACACACACACACACACACACACAGAUGCACGCUUUCACUCUCCGACAUGUAUGUAAUGCAGUCGUGUGUCACCACUAAGGCGUUUUCUCUCUUUCGUCUUAUAUGAAAGUGGAAAGUUGAAGGCUGCGAUAUGUUGUGGGUCUUACUUCUUUAUUAUUCUUUUGUUGUUUCUCUCUGCAUUUUCCCCCCAACACUAAAUGAGCAUUAUCAUGUUGAUGUACCUCUCUGUGGCUGAAUCCAUCCUUCCAUGCAUCAAUCAGUUCAGUGCUCAUGAUCACUUGCCAAGUGCUGGAGACGUAUUGUGCCCACUACAGUUUUCACUCAACAAAUCUGUUUGGGAAAUUUAACUAAAGACUUUGGUUUUCCUUUGUCCUCCGCACUUUGUGGAGACAGUUUUCUCGUCAAUAUCUUUGUUUUAUUUACGACAUCUUGUUCACCACUUUUAGUCCAGUUUUGAAUCAUUGUUGCUAAAAA